AUUUUGGUAGCUGCAGUGCGUGUAUACGAUAAUCUUGUGAAAAAUUGCAAAUUUAUUAAAAAAAUUAACAAAUUUUGAGAAUGCCAACUGCUUUGGGAGCGGCUUUGGCGAUGGGAAGGAUUUGCCUGAUAUAAUGUCUGAUACCUUCAAAAAUCAGCUUGUCAAUAUGGGCACUCGCGCAGCUGCUUUCCAAGCCAAAUUGCGAUGUCUCCAUGAUUCGCAUGUACGCCUGCUACAAAAUACCCAACCCACGCCCUCUGGCGUCGAUAUUGCUAACAAUAUCAAAUACUUUUCACAAACCCUAUUAACUGUCCUCAAAGAUGUACGUACCUCACCACACGAACUUAUACGCGACCCCUCCGAGGAUCCCACACGCAUGUCAGCCUACCCAAAUCUUGAAUAUGGUAACCUCUAUAAUGCUCUUACAAUGCUCAUUGAUGUGGCACCGUGCAUACAAUAUGGACAAAUCGUGUUUGGAAAGGCUCUGUUGCAGUGUCUUUGCUGCAUACUACCUUUCCUAGAUAAGGAUUUAAUUGACAAUUUACCCUAUCUGGUCAGCUCUACUAUGUCUGUACUACCACCAGCUUUACACCAAGAUAUCGUUAAUGCACUAUGCUACUAUAUUCUACCUUUUACUAUAACCCGACGCAGCGCAGAUGAACAAGAAUGUCAGGCAUGUCAGGCAGUCUCUUCGGUCAUUAUGAUGGUUCUUCAAUAUUCUCAUAAUCCCGCACACCACUGUCAACUGCUAGAAUGUCUGAUGACACUUAAACAUAAUGUUGUCAAGGAUAUACUUUGCGUUAUCGCAUACGGCACCUCUAUGUCACGUUCCUCGGCAGCCAAACUACUAUUCUACUAUUGGCCCGCUUUCGAUCCGAACCUAUUCGAUCGUAAAGUUUUAUUGUCCAAACUAACAAACGACAUGGUGCCCUUUGUGUGUCAAUGCGAACAAUGCCCCAACGCUGGCAAUGCUGAGGCGGCCAAAGUUUGUUUUGAUCACAGCAUAAGCAUCAGCUAUGCACCCGACUGUCCACCCCCACUUUAUCUUUGCAUUGAAUGCGCCAAUGAGAUUCAUCGCAAACAUGCAAACCUCGAGUUUGGCGACAUUCUCCAUCCCAUGCAGCAAGUCUCUAUGGUAUGUGAGAAUAAGAAUUGCCGCUCGACCGAUAAGGCAGCCUUCUCGAUCUGUUUCUCUACCGAGUGUGCUAGCUAUAAUGGAAAUCACCCGAUACGUUACUGCUCGCUGUGUCACAGCAAUCGACACAAUUCACGACGGGGUGGCGAUCAUGUGGUGCAUCGUAGUCUCCAAAUCAUUUGGCAAAUGGAUCCAGAGAUACAGAUGCACAUGGUGGAGUCCGUGAUUAGUUUGUUACGCGAAGCUAAACCGCUUAAUUUUGAGCCCGGCAAGGAUGGUGCGGAUGCGAAGAAAAACGGUGGCAAUGGCACACCAGACACCAUAACAUUGGAAGAGCGCCAAAUGUUGGGCCGCUAUGGCAUCUGGUUGUUAGUGGGUCGUUGCACACCGACUCCCGAAAUGCCAGUGGAGGUAUUAGGACGCAUACUUAGUAUGCUCUUUCAUUGGUUCCAUGUAACAGCGUGCUCAUAUGAUGUAGCUAGCCAAAUCGAGAGCACCAUCGAAAAACUUAAGGUGGAGCAUGUCUGUAAUUGGCUUAAGGAGAUUUGUCGCAUACAUUACAAUGUCUUUAUCUCUUGUUUGCUACCACAUCCGCCAGAGUAUGCGCGUGUGGGAGGACACUGGGAGACAUUAGCUUCACGAACUAGCCACCUGAAAGAGGGACUGCAACGUCUCAUAUGCCUGGUACCCUAUGAAGUCAUUACUUCUGAAAUCUGGGACUAUGUUAUGCCACACUGGAUGGAGGCAAUCACCAACGAUGUAGGCGAAAAGGAGUUGAAUGAGCUAAAAAUUGUACUUAGCAAAAUACUCGAUCCGGAAAUGUCGCCACUCGGAUUCGAUGCUAAAACUAUGUACAAUUUUGUGGCGAUACGGUUCGAAAAGACCACAGCUAAAGUGCAACAACAAGCAUUGCAUUGGUUGCAGAUACUCACAAAGCUGGGUAUACUGAUACCACUGGUGCAGUUAUUCGCCAUGUUCGGCGAUGGUGUACGUAUCAUGAAAUAUGGCGUGCAACAUGAGCUCAUGCGCGAAAAAGAAGGACAGGGUAAGGGACCAAAAACCCCGUUGAAGGAGACAAAAAACGAAUUGGGUAAUCCACCACGUCGAAGCUCGAUUUCUCCAGUAGUCGAAGACGACUCGGGCAAUACAUCCGCAAUUUCGGAUGACGAAGCGCCUACCAAUCGUCACACUGAAUUUUCUACAGAUGCCGAGCACAAUCUUACUUGUUGCAUUCUCAUGUUGGAUAUCUUGUUGAAGCAAAUGGAGCUGCAGGACGUUGAACAGCACAUGGGCAUACACACCAGCGUCUGUGAGAAUGUAUCGCGCUUGAUCAAGUGCAUGGUCACUGCGGCACGUGUGGGCUUGAGCAGUCACGUCUGCUCACUUAAGGUGGCUGAGUGUGCUUAUUGUGAGGCAUCCAUUAUGUGGCACCAACUGGCGACCAAGCUGGUACAAUUUAUGGCACCACUGAAUCCUGUACGCCCACCAGAUAUACCAAUCGAAGAUAUCAUCGAAGAAGAAAAAUCCUCACGCAAGAGUCCACCCGAAAGUGACAAGGAGAAAUCGCGCGAACGCGAUGUAUCACUAUCAAUGGCACCGCUGCCCAUACCUUUGGGUCCACUAGGCGGUUUUGCAGACAUCUUAAAGCUAGAUCAAUUCUUUUCAGACGAUGGGAAGAUUAUAAUUAUGGCAGGACCGGUGCCAGUAGCAGUGCCACAGCCGGAACCACACUCCGUAGGCGGUGUACUCGUUCAUAUGCCACACGUUUGCUCCAAUAACGAUAAUGGGCAUUCAGUUGAUAGUAUUGAAUUGAGAAAAGUUCACGCCACAGACGAGAUUAUGACCGCAACAGUGGAAACAGUUUCUGAACAAUUGGACUUAGCUUCCAUCCUGCCGGCGGAUAGAGCUAUAGCACGCUCUAUAACGCUCUCCGAUGCGGAUGUUGGUAGUGCCAAUGUGAGCGUAACGAGAGCCUCAGUGCUUGGCGAAAAUGGUGGAGCAAAUGGCAGCACUGGUGGUGGUGCAGGUGAAAAUGGUAGCGUAUCCGAUGAAGAGGAGGACGAAGAAGAGGGUGAAGAUUUUUGGCAUACUUCGGUUGGUAAAUUUAAAUUUACAUUGGAUCAACUCCCACAAACACUACAGUAUAUACACCAACUAUUAACUGAAAUCCCUACAAUAAAGAAACCUGAAAUUCUGUAUUACGUUCUACAAUGUUUAAAUGUAAUGGCACUUCAUGGCGACGCUCUAGCUAAAGCCGCACGUGAACACCGCGGCUUCUUCAUAUGGUGUCAGGAAAAUUUACUGAUUAAGAACCUCUGGGGGCUGUGCAACGCCGAGCAUUCUCACAUCUGUCAAGCAAGCGUACCACUACUGCUACAUUGUAUCACACUCCCACUGGGCUCGGAUGUAUUUUGGCGUGUUGUGCAGGAAGCAUUUCAUGACACCGAUUGGCGCAUACGAUUCACAGCAGUUGAGCGAGUUACCGUAAUUACCCGUUUCAUGGACUCGACCCCCUUGCGCACCGAAGUCGGAUUACAGACGGCGCUCGCUACCGCAUUUUGUCAUCUGAUCGCCAGCAUGGACGACAUUAAUGUGUAUGUGGCGCAGCGGGCGACCCUCUAUAUUGGCACCAUACAUGACACGGCAAUUCGGUCACUCCUCUUUUGCUUAGAAUCGCAAUUCGAUUUGUUUAUCGUGGACCGGCCAGUGGUGUUGCAAUCCGUUUAUCAGUUACACAACUCACUUUCGGAUCGAAAAAUCCUCAACUGGGAGUUCUUUUUGAAUCGUUUCGAUACGCUCUUUGUGGAGGCGCAAAUAAAUUUGGAGAAAUGUGGUGGUAUUUCAUAUUUGCGUGAUUUACGUAAUUCGGAGAAUGGUAGUGAGGCGCUAUCGUCUAAGAUUUUGAAAGCGCGUGAGGCGUUGAGCCAAUCAGACACCAGCGGUAGUAUGGCAAAAACGCUAAGCGCCUCGUUUGGCACUAAAUGGCCUUACAAGCGCACUAUGUCUGCACCGGCAAGCAUGAUACCACGUCAGGACUCCAAAUUUAUGCCCGAAAAGGAGAAGAUUUACAGUCGUCAAAUAUCGGCGCCCAUACUCAAGCGGAAGACGUCACGUUUCGGUUUGGACGGACAUAUUCACUCUCUGGGUGGUAUUAAUGAUGACAACCUUAUUGGAUUGCUAAGUCGCAUUACCGAGCUGGAAGAGUCCGAUCGAGAAACAAUUCAUUUGCUCGUUUUUCUGCUAAUGCAGUUCAUGUCGCGCACCGACCAGGCAUUCCCCUCGGAAGAUAAACCGGUAUCCAAAACUCAGAAUAUUGUGCUCAAGCAUUUAUUUUUGCUUUUAGGCCACAAUCAGAUAGAUAAAACUUUCCACACAACGCCGGAGAAUCUACGUGUUUCGGCAGUCUUCAAUGCAUUCCUCGCAAAUCUACCACAAGUUUUGGAUCAAAACCACUUGAUUGGUGGUCUAAUACUUCCCUCGAUAAUGCAGAUCAUAUUGUACGCACCGAAUCCCAGUAAUACGGCUGCUGAUUGCUAUCAAAAUUUGGUUUUCAAUUAUUCACUUUGGUAUUUGGAACAAUAUCCGCGUCGCAAUUGGAUGUUAACGGUACUGGUGGUGCUCUAUAAGUAUUCCUACACCCAGCCACCGUACAGUGCGUACGUGAUCUCAGCAAUGCGCAUGGUUAUGAACAGUUUGCGCAAUCAUUUCCAUCAAUGUCGCCGCAUACCAACCACCACCAUAUUGGAUAUACAAGGUACAUCACGUUCACGCGACGUUAGUCAACCCUCUUUGGGUACAGAUCCUGAUGAGAAGGAUGCUAGUCCACCAGCUAGUCCAAUGUUUCCGUCGGAAGGUACUAGCGCCGCAUCAAAAAGUAAAGGCCAAAAUGUCGCUUUCACACCAAAGCUACAACACGCAUUCCGUAAGUACAAUGACUCUAGUUUGGAAGCGGAUGAGACGGAAUCUGAACUAGUGGCAAUACCGGAAAGUGAUUUGUCGGACAGCACUUUGCAUGGCAGCAGUGCACCGGGUUCUUUUGAUGAUACCGUACAUUUCGAAGAAACAUCGCUGACUAAAGGCGAUAUGCAGAGAGCCCGAGCAGCCCGUGCCAUUGAGUAUGAAGAGAAAACAUCGAGGACACAACAUAAGUCGUUGAUUACUACCAAAACUGGAGACACCUAUACUACGAAAAUUAGAACUACCGGCGGUCAGGAAGCUGUUAGUACCACUGUUGUUACUACACAAGCCCGUCAUAGUCUUCAAGAAGGUGUACGUAUGAUUGUUACCCCCCUUGUUGGCACUGAUGCGGCAGCCGAGACCGCCAUUGUAAGUCCCCCAGUUGAUGUGCACCGCGCUAUCACAGUCCGAAAUAAAUCGUUAGAGAACGCUGCCGCUUCGACAUCGAAGAUGUUUGCUGCAAUUGCUACGAACCAUCUUAAAGCAUUGGGCGCCCUACAAGAUAUACAAGCCAAAUCUAGCGAUAGUAACUCUAAAUCACUGACAUCCAGUAAUGGCAAUCGCUCAACGAAUAGCAGCACUGAAAACUCAGGCAAGUGUCCACAACAAUUACCACCAGUCACUUCUCAGCACGUACAAAAUCAGCAGCAACAGCCACCACAGCAUCCGCCUGCUUCUUCAAAAAAGCCUAUUGGGCGACACAAGACUAUUGUCGAAUGCAGUGCUGGCACUUCGUCCUCAUCGACCGGCACGGAUGACUCACGACUGAGCGCCAACCACAAGAAACCAGCCGGAAAAUCGUUAAAACGUUCGGACAAAGCAUACGGCUCACCCGAUUCUCCGCUCUCCAAGAUGAGCGUCAUGCCGAACCCAGUCGAUGAGGUGGAUACCACAAAGUUACCGGCACCAAAAAGUAUAGCAGCACUGGAAAUACCCACGCCAGAACGUUUACUGCCUAUUGGUACGCAUGAGUCGGUCAGUGGUUUAAUUGACCGUUUGCGCGACGGUCUUAACUUACCGGACAUAAGCCAUUUGAAACAAGAUAGCCUCGAUGUAUCGGAUAGCACUAAAGAUGACAUAACACCCAGUAGUCGUACUACAUCACCACGUCGUCUCAUCAAGCAAGUAGCACUGGAAUCGCCACCAAAUGCAAGCGCCGCCGGUCAACAGGAUCUGCAUUCUUCCAUAUUAAAAAGCGUCACUCAAGAGGUGAAGACAACAACCAGCGCUACGGUUACUGCAAGCACAAGUGGUGUGUAUACCGCAAAUAAACCCGAAGCCCCUAAACGUCCGCGUCAGAAAUUGGCUCCCUUCAAUAUGGACACUAGUGCCAUGCCGGACAUACGUUCACGCUUCGCUGGUGCAUGGCCACCGCCACCAUAUCAACCCCCUGAAGAGCUGGACGAUGAUAUGGACGAUGGCAUUGAAAAUGGCAAUGGUCAUAGUGGCGCAGCAGCGCAGCCAAAUAGGGUGAGUACCAGACGCGUUGGCGAUUAUACGAUUUGUGACCGUUGCACCGAUUGUGGCGCACUCAUCGAAGAGUAUACCGACGAGGAUAUUGGCAUAUUGAUUGUCAUAUUAGGAACUUUCAUUCAUCGCGAACCGGCAAUGGCAGCACCAUUUCUACCUGAAAUACUAACCAUAACCUCAAGAAUCUGCUUGACAUCUACGCACUCCUGGCAGGGCGAGAAUGGACCAGCAUUGGUCUGCAGCGCUCAGGCUGUGUCACUGCAAUUCAUACGCUGUGUUCUGCAUCAGCUGGCACCCAACGGCAUAUUUGUGCAAGUUUUUCAAACUCAAGUGAAGAUGAAAGUGCGCCACAACUCGUUCCGCAGCAUUGCACGAGCUCUGCAGGACUUUCAGGAGCUCAACGCCACACAUCCCAUUUAUAUGGUCUGCGAAUCUCUGCAGUCGAAGAAAUCGCUACCAGUCGAGCAGUUGCCCGUGAUUUUUCGGAACAUGGCCGAGUAUUUGCAUUGCGUGCCAACGGAACUGACCACCGGUCCAGGCGUUUGGCAGCAAGCGAUGCAAGCUAUGGAAUCACUAUUGCGUCAAGUGAUUGUGUUGCUACCAAAUCUGGCCAAUCCCGAACAUCUGCUCGGCAUAAUGGUAGCCACUUUGAAGCUGAGCAUUGUGCCAAAAACCCUACUUGAUCCCUACUCCAAGAUAAUUGGAUUUUGUGUGCAGAAUACGAAUUUAGAAUACCACUCUUUGUAUGAACUGUGCACACUCAAUAUGCGCUCGUUUUCCAAAGAUCGCGAUAAGAUGCUGCUCUGUCGUCAGCUGAUUUUCGAGUUCGUGCAGGCAUUGAAGUUUAAAACUAACAUACCAGAUAACAACUUGUUGAUGAUCAUCGGCUUUGUGCUGCAUGAUGCUGGUGGCACGCUGCCACCGGGCACUCUAGUUGGUUUUCCGCAGGCCCCGCCACCCUUAACUACCAAUGCCGCGGAUUGUAUGCGUCAGUAUGUCAACGAUGUUAUAGAUUUCCUAGCCGACUUUCACACACUGAGUAAAAUCAAGAACUUCAAAAAUGGACAGAUACAAAAUGGACUGGGCGAAGACACGCUGGGUGGCGUUUUGAAGGGAGCUGUGGCACAAUACUUGGCGCUGGAAAUGUCACGUGGCAACACACGUGACAAUAAAAGUAGUUCUCGUUACUUGCCCUGGUUGAAUAAUGCACCAUCAUCGCUGCAGCAAGGUCCCAAAGAAUUUACGGAAUGCGUUGGCCACAUGCGUCUACUCUCUUGGUUGUUGCUCGGCUCACUUACACACCUGGCGCUAACACAGCGCCGCAAUGAGCGUCACGCCAUACCCAUACCACUACAGCAGGUGCCACCAACCGUACCACCGGCAGCAGUGCAUUACCAGCACCAUCAUCAACAGCCCAGUGGCAUGGCGCCAUUUGCAAUGCCGGUCUCACAAGAGUCAUCUUGUCACAUUGCGGAUCACAUCCAGGUGAUUUUUGCCGGUUUCGCCGAGCAGUCGAAGACGUCGGUAUUGCAUAUGUCAUCCCUCUUUCACGCCUUCACCCUGUGUCAACUAUGGACUGUGUAUUUAGAGCAUGUGGCUCGCUCGUCUAACAAUGCAGAAGGCAACACCAUGGGUGUGCUCUUCGAGUUUUGGGCCAAAGUGACACCGUGUAUUUUGCAAUUGGUUUCGCAUGCUCGUCCACCAAAAGAGAGUUCUGGUAGUGGCGUCGGAGGUGCAGGCAUAGCCGAUUUCACGCAGAACCCAAAUGCAAAAAGUCCCAAUGCGAAGCUCUCCGAAAUGGUGAAUCUUCAUUUUCUUAGUCUUCUCGAAGCACUUAAGGAGACUAAUUCGACAAUUUUAGGCAAACUUUUGCCGCUGUGGAGUCCAGUCUUGUCCUCACAAACACAGCUAUCUAAAACGCUCCAUGUACGUUUGCAAAAUGUACGCGACAAUGCGCCCGACUUUGAGGAGCAGCAAACACACCCUUCAGACGCAUUACUGAAAUGGCUGCAGCGACUACAAUUUAAAAUGGGUCAAAUCGAGCUGCAAGCCUCGACAGCAACACAAUUUUAUUCCAUUUAAAAUAUAUGCAACUAUGUGUAAUAUAAGAAAUUCUAUAGUAUUGUGUGGUUUAUUGAGACCAGAGCACAGCUUUCAACAUUACAUACAUAUUUAAGUAGAAAAAAUUAAUUGUGUUUGCUUAAAAGCUGCACCUUAAAGUCUUAACAAUAACUUAAGCGAAAUCUUAAAUGUUAUAUGGUUUAACUACUGACUGUCUACAUACAUACAUAGUUGUGUUGUUGAAUAUCGAACAUAGAAAGUUCGUUUACAAAGAAACAUUUAAUAAAUUAACGUUCAAAUAA